GCACGCUAAGUAUCGCUAAUGGCUUCGAUUCCUUCAGCUUUACAGCUUCGAUUGUGCGAUGAUUCUUCCUUGGAGAGAGAAUGGGAUUCCGAUCGCAUCUGCUGUCGAUUCCUUCGGGGAAUAUUGUUGUUUUUGAUUUGUCGAUCGAAGUGAUGAUGGUGGCAUUGGCUGUCGUCGAUUCCGUUACAUGUCCAGGCAGACGUACAGAGUUUGUUUCUGUUUCCGGCGGCGGUUCCGCCUCGCCGCGGCGGACGCACCCGCUGACAUUAAGAAUAUAUUCAAGGAGUACUCGGAGGGCGGGAUGAUGAGUGUCGAUCAGCUGCGGCGGUUUAUGGUGGAGGUGCAGGGGGAGAGGAAUGCUACGGUGGAGAGUGCGCAGGGUAUUGUGGAUGGGUUGAAGCAUCUGCAUAUAUUCCAUCGCAGAGGACUCAGUCUCGAGGCUUUCUUUAGGUACUUGAUUGGAGAUGGUAAUCCGCCUCUUGAUCCAAAACCUGAGAUUCAUCAUGAUAUGACAGCACCACUUUCCAAUUACUUCAUAUUUACAAGCCACAACACUUAUUUAACUGGGAAUCAAAUCAGUAGCGACAGCAGUGAUAUCCCUAUCGUCCGUGCUCUCCGGGGAGGUGUGAGGGUAAUUGAGUUGGAUUUGUGGCCAAAUUCUGCAAAAGAUGAUGUGGAUGUUCUACAUGGAAGGACGCUAACCACUCCAGUGGAACUUAUCAAAUGUUUGAAGUCAAUCAAGGAACAUGCCUUUAUUGCAUCAGAAUACCCUGUUGUGCUAACAUUUGAAGACCAUCUUACUGCUGACCUUCGAGCUCUAGUGGCUCAGAUGAUCACUCAAACAUUUGGAGAAAUGCUGUAUACCACUGAUUUGGAUCUCCAGCGACAAUUUCCAUGCCCAGAAUCACUGAAGAGACGAAUCUUAGUAUCAACCAAGCUGCCCAAAAGGUCAGGGUCCCAAAUAGUUAAAGAAAUGGAAAGCAGAAAGGGAAGGGUCUCAAACAAAGACAAAGCUCAGAGGACAGAAGAAACUAGCUAUAAUAAGGAUGAUAGCACAGAUGGAAUGGACAUAGAAAUUGAUGAAGACAUUGAAAAGGAUCCAAAGUUACAGCAGCACAUAAUACCUGAGUACAUGAAUUUGAUUUCAAUACCUGCUGGAAAGGUGAAAGGAGGAAUUAGAGAUUGGCUGAGGGUUGAUCCUUCGAAGGUGAGACGACUAAGCUUAAGUGAGCAAGAAUUUGAAAGGGCCACCAAUGACUAUGGAGAAGAUAUCAUUAGGUUCACUCAGAGAAACCUAUUGAGGGUAUAUCCUAAAGCUGCACGGUUGGACUCCUCGAAUUAUAAUCCAAUGAUUGCAUGGAUGCAUGGAGCUCAGAUGGUUGCUUUAAAUCUGCAGGGUUAUGGGAAAUCACUUCGACUGAUGCAUGGCAUGUUCACGGCCAAUGGUGGUUGCGGAUAUGUUAAAAAGCCAGAUUUUUUAUUAAACACCGGCCCCAAUAUCUUCAAUCCAAGAGCUCAUUUACCUGUCAAAACUACUUUGAGGGUCAAUGUAUAUAUGGGAGAAGGAUGGUACUACGAAUUCCCUCACACACACUUCGACUCCUAUUCUCCUCCAGAUUUUUAUGCAAAGAUAGCUAUUGUGGGAGUUCCUGCAGAUACCAUGAAGAGGAAAACUAAGAUAAUAGACGACACUUUCAUCCCGACAUGGGAUGAUCUGUUUGUAUUCCCGCUGACAGUUCCUGAACUGGCUCUGCUUCGGAUUGAAGUCCGGGAAUCGGAUGCAUCAGGGCAAACCAACUUUGCUGGCCAAACAUGUCUCCCGGUAUCGGAGCUCAGGCAAGGAAUUCGAGCCGUUCCACUGUAUGGCCGGAAAGGUGAGAGGUACAGGUAUGUAAGGCUUCUUAUGAGAUUUGAAUUUGUUUGAUAAAUGGCUUUUGGUCCAUAGCUUUAA